AUGGGAGAUCAAAAUCAGCUUCUUAAGGAUUUCGCAGCCCCAAAUGCUCAAGGCACACAGUCAAGCAUUACAAGGCCCAAUGUUGAAGCUAAUAACUUUGAGCUGAAACCAUCACUGCUCUCAAUGAUUUUUCCGUUCUCUUUAAGGGACAAGGCUAGGGCUUGGUUACACUCAUUGCCAGCUGGGUCCAUCACCACUUGGGAUCAAUUGUCCAGAGCGUUUCUUGCAAAGUAUUUUCCUCCAAGUAAAACAUCACAGAUGAGGAACCAGAUCACAAUCUUUGUACAGAAGGAAGGAGAGUCACUUUAUGAAGCUUGGGAACGCUACAAGGAAUUAUUGAGGAUGUGUCCUCACCAUGGACUGGAGAAGUGGUUAAUUAAUCACACCUUCUACAACGGGCUCACUUACAACACACGGAUGACUGUUGAUGCUGCUGCAGGAGGAGCUUUGAUGAACAAAACAAUAGACGAGGCAUACACUCUCAUUGAAGACAUGGCUCAGAAUCACUAUCAAUGGGCGAACGAGCGUGCUCCUCAGACAUCAAAAGGAGGCAAGUAUGAAAUAGAUGCUUUAGACCAUAUAUCCUCUAAAGUUGAUGCUUUGUUUAAAAAAGUUGAAAGCUUGAGAAACCCCCCAUCCAUUGAUACUUCUGGUAAUGAGCAAGUUAACUAUGUUAAUAACUUUAAUCAGAAGGGAGACCCAUUCUCCAACACUUAUAAUCCGGGGUGGAGGAAUCAUCCUAAUUUUUCUUAUAGAAACCCACCUGGAAAUCCCAUGCCUGCAUCUAAUUUUGGUCCACCUGGUUUUCGUGCUCCUCAAUCCAAUUUCCCUUCUCAAAAGUCAAAUUUGGAAAAUAUGAUGGAGAAGUUUGUGACGACUCAAUCAAAAUUGAAUGAAGAGUUUAAGCAGCAACAACAAACCACGAAUGAGGUGGUAAAACAAUUGGCCUCUAAGAUGGAUUCCCUAGCUACGCAUAACAAGAUGUUAGAGACACAAAUAAGCCUCCUCUACCCUUUCCCCAAAGCUAUCUCUCAAAUGCCUUAUUAUGCUAAGUUCUUGAAAGAGAUCCUAUCUAACAAAAGGAAGUUGGAAGAAUACGAGAUUGUGGCCCUUACUGAGGAGUGUAGUGCUAUCAUCCAGAAUAAGCUGCCUCCUAAGCUUAAGGAUCCAGGUUCAUUUUCUAUUCCUUGUGUUAUUGGUAAUGUCUCUAUUAACCGUGCUUUGUGUGAUUUAGGUGCAAGCGUAAGUUUGAUGCCAAUGUCCAUCUAUAAGAAGCUUGGCAUAGGAGAUUUGAAGCCAACCACGAUAUCACUCCAACUGGCGGAUCGAUCGGUAAAAUAUCCGGUAGGUAUACUUGAAGAUGUACCUAUCCAGGUUGGUAAGUUCUUUUUCCCGGUUGAUUUCGUUAUUUUAGAAAUGGAAGAAGAUUCUAACAUCCCAAUUAUAUUAGGAAGACCCUUCCUUGCUACUGCAGGUGCUAUAAUCGAUGUUAAAAAUGGAAGUCUCACCCUAAAUAUUGGAGGGGAGAAGGUAGAAUUUGAUUUAAGUAAUACUAUGAAACUCCCUCUAACGAUUGACAAGUCUACACAUGAGCAACUUGCAAACCAUUACUCACCUGAUCCACUUGAAAAGUGUUUGGUAAGUGACGAUUCAAUAAAUGAUGAAGACCCGGAGGUAGUCGUGUAUGCUCAAUCUUUAGAAUCAACAUCAACUGCUCCAUUUCGAAAUGCAAAGUUUGAAAGUCUAAAGUUAAAGCCAAAAGGUUCUACUUGUGAAGAGGAUAAAGCACCCAUAGGCAUGACACCGUUCAAGUUGGUAUAUGACAAAUCGUGUCAUCUCCCAGUUGAGUUAGAGCACAAGGCGUAUUGGGCUAUCAAGUUGCUAAAUUUCGAUAUGAAGACCGCAGGUGAGGAAAGAAAGCUUCAACGUCAUGAGCUAGAUGAGCUGCGUUUGGAUUCGUAUGAGAAUGCUCGCAUUUAUAAAGAGAGGACUAAACGAUGGUACGACAAGAAUAUUCUUCGAAGAGAUUUUAAUCAAGGAGAUAUGGUGCUACUUUUCAACUCUCGUUUGAAGCUUUUUCCGGGCAAGCUCAAAUCUCGGUGGUCCGGACCUUUUCAAAUCCGUGAGGUUUUUCCUAGUGGAGUUGUUGAAGUUUAG